GACGAAAAUAAAGCGUUCGCGUUUGACGUCACAACCGUGACAUAUUAGACAUAUUAUCAUCUCCUUAAACAACAACUGCCGUGGCUAAAAGCUAAAUAUAUUGACUUCUGAAUAUUAAAUAGGAAGGAGGACAGGAAUGACCAGCAGCGUUUCUAGGAGGGGCAUAAUUUGCGAGUUUACCUGCAGGAAGGUGAGCUCUGUGCGGAACAGAUACCCCGGCGCCUCCCUCGUCGACUGUUUCUGUUUCUCCCUCCCCCAUCCAGCCGUCAGCAUGGAUCACCGCAGUACACCUGCGCUUUUUACUCAGGAUUACUCUUGUAUUAUAAAAUCACUAUCUAUUUAAGGUCUCGAGAACAUCACAGUCUGUUUUAGGAGUCAACCGGUGGUCUCGAUGAAACCAUUAAGUGAACUAUGUAGUGAGCAUCUGAAGAAAAGCGCUGCGGAGAUGCCGAGUGAGGAGGCGAGAACUGCACCUGGAAACGGUGUGAACACAACACCUUCAACAGAGAGUCCAGCACAUCAGAACGGGGCUCUGUCGUCUCCUGAUGCCUCUCAGUCCCAGCCUCCAUUCUCUGGAGCAACUCCUCCUGCUCAACCUCCCAGAGAUCAGUGGGGUGGCAAAUAUGAGUUUCUGCUCUCCUGUAUCGGCUACUGUGUUGGCCUGGGAAACGUUUGGAGGUUUCCUUACCUCUGCUACCGAAAUGGAGGAGGUGUGUUUCUCAUCCCGUACUUCAUCAUGCUGUUCUUCACUGGGAUGCCGCUGUUCCUCAUGGAGCUCAGUUUGGGCCAGUAUGGGGCUGCGGGUCCCAUAACUGUCUGGAAGUGCUGUCCCCUCCUUAAAGGGAUUGGCAUAGGGAUGCUGUGUGUGUCCACUCUUGUGUGUCUCUAUUAUAAUGUCAUUAUCGCUUGGACCUUCUACUAUCUGGGCAGUUCUUUCCAGAGCCCCCUGCCCUGGUCAUGUGAUGCGCUUCAAAACAUCGCCUUAUGUGCAAACAAAACUAAUUCCACCCAAAGUCCCUCAGAGGUGUUCUGGAAUGAGAAGGUUCUGGGUGUGGUGCACAGCACAGGACUCAGUGAUCCCGGGCCGGUGCGCUGGCCUCUCGCUCUCUGCUUGCUUGCUGCCUGGAUCAUCAUUUUCCUUUGCAUGCUCAAAGGCAUUCACAGCUCCGGCAAGGUGGUGUAUGUGACUGCCACUUUCCCAUAUUUUGUACUGGUGGUCCUCAUCAUCAGAGGAGCCACCCUUAAGGGCUCCUUAGAUGGUGUCGCCUUCUACCUCACUCCUAAGUGGGAUCAGCUGGCUGAAGCACAGGUGUGGAAUGAUGCUGCGUCGCAGAUCUUUUAUUCUUUGGGUAUUGGAGUUGGUGGCCUCCUGUCAAUGGCAUCUUACAAUAAAUUUGACAAUAAUGUCAUCAGGGACACUAUUAUUAUCACCAUAGGGAACUGUACCACCAGCUUUUUUGCAGGCUUUGCCAUCUUCUCUAUCCUGGGUCACAUGGCGUGGAGGAAAGGCGUUCCUGUGGGCGAGGUGGCAGAUUCAGGUCCUGGUCUGGCAUUUGUUGCCUACCCAGAAGCCCUGGCUCUUCUCCCUGGAUCAGUGUUUUGGUCCAUUCUGUUUUUCCUCAUGCUCUUUAUGCUGGGAGUGGACACCCUGUUUGGUAACAUGGAGGGCAUCUGUACGGCAGUGAUGGACGAGUUUCCUCAGCUCAGGUCCAAUCUGAAACACAAGACGUUGUUCCUGGCAGUGCUCUGCUUCUCUUUCUAUCUGAUGGGCCUGUUGCUCAUCACUGACGGUGGGAUUUACUGGUUUACGCUCAUAGACUCCUUCAGCACCAGCUUUGGUCUCAUCAUCAUUACUCUCUUCAUGUGCAUUGGCAUCUCGUUCUUCUAUGGGGUGAACCAGUUCUGUCAGGAUAUCGUGGACAUGAUCUGCCGCUGUCCACCCUGGUGCACAAAAAUGCUGCUGUACUUCAAAGCCUGCUGGGUCGUUUUCACUCCAUUCCUGCUAACGUUCAUCCUGACCUAUAUCUUCAUUGAGAUGUACCGCACUUCUCUGCGAUACGGCACCUAUGUGUAUCCGAUGUGGGGAAAAGCACUGGGUGUUUGUAUGGGAGCCUUCUGCUGCCUGCAGAUCCUCAUCUGGGCGAUUGUGGCCGUCAGUAAAGAGUCUGGAACUCUUAAAGAUCGCUUUAAGAAAUCCAUCCGUCCCCUGAACUCGUGGCGCGUGAACAACAUCAACUCUCAGGAGCAGCACGUGGAGCCCCAUACAAUAGAGGGGCCCUUCACAGUUAACCUGACUGAAGCCGACUUCACCGGCAUGAACUGGGAGGCCAUCAGCGAGGCCUAACACUGCCACUAAUGUUGGGUGCUGGAACUACAUGCUCUCAGAAGCACAAGUACUGGUGAGGAGGACUGCUGUACAGAGAACAGUACACAGCUGGACUGAGUGGUGUUACUUUCUCUGUAGGACACUUAAAACGAUAGCUUUUUUUAUAUUUAUGACAAUGUGGUCCAUUUGACAUUGGGACUAAAAGCCAAAGCAAGAAGCAUAAAAGACGUUUGGAUUAUCUGGCUGAAUCCUUGACAUCCUGAGAUUCCGUUUCAUCUAGUUUUUUCAUGAAAGAAUGUUUUAUAAGAUAACAGACUGUGUAAGUUGAUCUGUUUUACAUUUACAUUGAAAUGUACAGUCAUAUAAAAGAGAAAGGCCAAAUCAAAUCAGGGCAACGUCACAGUGUAGCAAAACUGAAGUCAUUUUAGUAGUAUAGGCAAGGAUUGGGCGAUUAAUCAAAGGAGAUUUUCAUGCGCAUAUUAUCAGUAAAGCCGGUAUGAUCCAGCAUGUGUCUUCAGAUGGAGCAUCAUUUACUACACAAAGUUGAUCCUGACAACGUUCGCAAAAUAAUGUUUAAAAUCUAAAAUGAUAGGGGUGGCACGGUGGCUCAGUGGUUAGCACUGUUGCCUCACAGCAAGAAAGACAUGGUUCGAGUGGCCUGACUGGGCCAGGUGUUUCUGUGCGGAGUUUGCAUGUUUCCUCCGGGUGUUCCGGCUUCCCCCACAGUCCUAAGAGAUGCAGUGUAAGUGAAUUGGAUCAACAAAAUUGGCCUAAAAUUGUGUGUGUGUGAGAGUGUAUGGGUGUUUCCCAGAACUGGGUUGCGGCUGGAAGGGCAUUCACUGCAUAAAACAUAUGCUGGAAUAGUUAGUGGUUCAUUCCGCUGUGGCGACCUUUAAAAUAGAGACUAAACCAAAGGAAAAUGAAUGAAUGAACCUAAAAUGCUUCAAAUGGAUUUAAGAUAAUCAAGUUUGUGCACAUGCAAAUACCACUUUAUAACACGUUUAUACUCCCAACUUCAUUUGAGUGUUUAAAAGAGUACACUGAAAAAAAUGAUUCUAAGAUGAUUCCUUGGAUUUACAAAAUUUAUUUGUUUUAUAAUUUUUUCACCUUUAUUAUAUAGGACAGUAGAGAGUAUUGACAGGAAAGCGUGGGGUGUAGAGAGAGGGGAAGGAUCGGCGUAGGACCACAAGGCGGAAUCAAACUCGGGUCACCAUGAGCACUGGAGUGCAUGUGUCGACACACUACACCACUGGCGCUGACAAAUUUUUUAAAGUUAAGGGGUUGUAAACAAUUUAUUUGGGUUGAAGUUAAACAAACAGUUGAACAUUACUCAAUUUAAUUUGUUUGUUUAAAUUCAACCCAAUUAAAUUGUUUACAACAGUUUUGCAGACAUCAUUUUUUUCAUUUUUAGAAAAAGUUUCGUAAAAAAAAAUCUCUGAAAAAACGCAAAAACACACUGUGAUGCAUGUAAUGGGCACGCCGAACCAGUAGGUGGCGAUAGUGACACUUGUAUACUGAGUUUACAUCAAAUGGGGGAAUUAAGUAUAUUUUGCGAGUAAAUUGCAUUUGAGACAAUGCAAACAUUAGUAAAGACCUGAUCCAUGUUGCCUUAUUCACGUCUUCCGCGUUUGGCAUGAACCCAGCCGUGUUGGCCAAUCAGAGAGAAGAAAACUGCGUACACGCUGACAUCAUGAGGUUUUAGCAUCCACAGGACCACACUGUACCUGAAAAAUCUUCACUCUGGCCAGUUUUCAGGAAGUUGCGGUUACUGUCACCUGACACUGCAGUUUCACAGCGUUCUGGUAAGGACAAACAGUGAAAGCGCAUAGAAAUGUGCUGAUUUUAAAAAUACUCAUGUUCAUGAGGACAGGGCCUUCAUCACACUGAAUCAAUGAAAUCAAUGAUAUUGAUCAAUAAUACAACACUAUCUGGAUUUUGUGGGUGUCUUCAUGUUUAGAGUUUCCACAUGAGAGCACCCUCUGUCCGUCAGUAGGAGAUUUUUUACUAAACACACAACCGUGCUUCCCUAACAAGAUGUGCAUAAUCAAUCGCAUUUUACGUUUAAUUUCGAUGAGUCGAUCAGUCCUAGUAAAGGCCCGACAUGCCAGGGAAGAUGAAGAUACAGAAAUAUCACUGUAAAACAUUUUCAUAACAUUUUGUCCAGAUAAUAAACGCUGAAAGAUCAGUGCAUUUGGUUACAGACUUCAAAACUGCAGCAUGCAUAUAAUAAACAGUAUGAAAAAUCUUGUGUUGUGUCGGACGUCUUUUAGCCUUUAAGAACAAUAAUUGUCACAAUAAAAUAGUUCUACAUAUCAUUCUGAAUAAAUUUUUGUUUGUAAUGGGAAAUUGGACAAAUAUGAAUUAAUUUCACAAUGUUUCCUGCAAAUCAGAAUCCAUUCUGCUUUAAAUAGCGCAGUUUCAAAAUACUGCUGAACAAGAUGAAUGGAUGCUAAUAUAGUUAUUUCAGUUAUCUAUUCUUGACGUGAAUAACGUUACGAUUCUGAAAUACACUCUAUAUCAUUUCUUAUUCCAUAAUCUGUUGAAACUGUUGAUUUUAACUGGCUGUUCCGGUCACUUUUGAUCACAGUCCAAAAUAAACACACUUCAUUCAUUAGUAGUAACCAUAGUAAUCAAGUUACGAAGCCUUCAUUCAUGUGUGUAAUCUGGAGGAGCUGAUUGAGAUCAACCAAUUUACCAAUAUGCUCAAAAAUAUUUGCGAAGUAGCUAACACGUUAUGUGCACACACACACGCACACACACGCAUGCACACACACACGCACACACGCACGCACGCACACACACGCACACACACGCACGCACUCACGCACACACACACACACACACACAAUCUCUUUAGCAUGAGUUGUGUCAGGUGGUUUUCUUGCAUUUAAAAAUCCUUCAACGCACAGCAAUCCUUUGAUUAUCCUUUACGAGAGGAAUUCUAAACAUUUCCACAACUACAUCAAUAACGUCACAAAGAAACGGUGUCAUUGGAAUGACUGGAGCAAUAAAAACAUUGAUAGAAUAAAUCCUGCUGGAAUGAGCUUGAGAAUUUAACAAGACAAAUGACAACUGCAGCACACUUGUAAUAAACACUAUUUUUGAACUUUA